AUGGCCCCCGCCACGCGCAAGAACGACCAAGAUGCGCCGUCUCCGGGAGGAGAGAGACAAGUGGAGCUGAAAGCGCAGCUUCCGAAGUUUAAGGGGAAGUGCGACGAGGACGUGCGCCAGUGGCGCUUUGAAGAUGAGACACUGUGCCGGAUCAACGGCGAUGACGCAGCAGACGGCAACCACACGCUACCUUUAAUCGCUGGGACAGCGAUGGAGGAGCCUGCAUCAGGAGGGUUUCUGUUCUGGGCCUCCAGAACAUCUGCAGACGAGCAGACAUGA